CCCUCAACCACAUAUAAAUACCAAUCAAAUCCUCACGGUUCAGGCAACGAGAAGAACAAAGCGGCUCACUCACUAACACAAUCAACAAACAAAACACUUUCAAAUUCCAGUUUCCUUUUCUUCUUCAAUCCUCUUUAGCUAAAAUGUCGAUCAUUCCAAGCUUCUUCGGCGGCCGACGAAGCAGCAGCGUCUUCGACCCCUUCUCACUCGACGUCUGGGACCCCUUCAAGGACUUCUCCGUUCACUUUCCCUCCGAACUUUCUCGGGAAAAUUCGGCCUUCGUCAACGCCCGGAUCGAUUGGAAGGAGACCCCGGAGGCGCACGUGUUUCAGGCCGAUCUUCCGGGGCUGAAGAAGGAGGAGGUGAAAGUCGAGGUGGAGGACGAUCGCGUGCUUCAGAUCAGCGGAGAGAGGAAGGUCGAGAAGGAAGACAAGAACGACACGUGGCAUCGUGUGGAGCGGAGCAGCGGAAGAUUCCAGAGGAGGUUUAGGCUACCGGAGAAUGUGAAGAUGGAUCAGAUCAAAGCGUCCAUGGAUAAUGGAGUUCUCACUGUCACUGUUCCCAAGGAAGAGGUCAAAAAGCCUGAUGUUAAAGCCAUUGAAAUCUCUGGCUGAACCAACUUAUAUCAAGUUAUGGCACUUGUUUAGUUUACUUUGCGCUGUGUCACUGGUUGUGUAGUUCAAGGUCGUGUGAGAACUGAUUGUAAGCGUGUGUUUUGUGAUAUAUGUGCUCCAUCAUAUAUGCAUGUUGCAAUGUGAAGUUUUGAGUUGUAAGUUGAAUAUAUGAUGAAUAAAAGGUGUUAAUUAGAUCUGCAGUGUUGAACUAGUAGUUUUCCAAUC